AUGGCCGAAGCUGGGGAUCUCUUGUAUUGUCUGCUGGUGUCCGAGACCGGGACAAAAUCCGUGUGUGGAUGGGCCGUGGAGGUAGAUGGUGACGACGUGGUUUUGGCGACGACUUCGGAAGACCUCGCGGCCCUAUCUCAUAAGACCAUUGGGGAGAAUCAGGUGGGCUUCGUGAGAGUGGCUUUGUCUGCUGUGGGCCUUAGUGCGCCUGCUGACUGGAAAGGUCGUAGGCCUAAAGACUUGCCAAGCUGUGCCACUUGUGAACGCGCAUGGAAGAAGGUAGGAAAGAAGGACCUUGCCAGCAGCGAAGCCGAAGCCCCAACCAAGAUCCCAGCCCCACGGUCAAAGGGUCUAGCAGGGGACUUGAAGGGCCUUCGGGCCUUGUACACCCAGACCCGGGCCGGCGACGACUCGGACGAGGAGGACGAGGGCACAGAGGACGACGAGGCAUCCACGGAUCGGCGAAAGAUGGACUUCCUGCCGCCCGGAGGGCGGGUCAAGAAGACCAAGGCCAAAGCGGAAGGCAAGGCGGUGAAGGGCGAGCUGGACAUGAACCAGAUCCUCCAGCAGAGCUUGGCAGCAGGGCAAUCCCCGAACGAGCUAGUGCCCCUCAUGAUGAUGGCGAUGCUGAUGGACCAGAAGAAGAACAAAAAGAAGAAGAAGGACAGAAGCGGCCGCUCUAUCCUUGGUGGCUCCGACUCCGAAGACACGGACAGCGACGACGACUUGCAGGGAAAAGGGAUGAAGGCCGUAUCGCAGCUGAACAGGUUGCACGAGCAGAUCCAUCGGCGACCCAGGCGCAUUUGCGACCUCUUCGAGAAGGAGGUCAUAGAGGAGCUGGGGAUUGUAAAGGGCCAAGCUUGGACUCUUCGGGAUUACGUUCGAAAGCAGCAGUGGGGAAAGUUCAAGGGGAUCUACAGAUGUGCCAUGAUGGAUGUGGCGGUUUACGAAAGCCUGCGGGCGAACGAACCACAGGUGGCGGCUGCUCAGGUCGUGCAGAACUUGAAGGCGAAGCUGCAGAGCGUACUCCAGGGAGGAGACUGGGCAACUGCCUGGUUGUUGACGGGAUUGCCAGACCCCUGCAGCCGCAGGGAGUUCGCAGGAUCUCGGGAAGAGAUGGCGAUUGUAUCGGGCUACGUCGAAUCAUUGAGCAAGCUCCAGAAGCGAGUGCGAGAGAAUCACAACCGAGCCCAGGCCGAAGAGGAGACCGAGGAGCCCGCCAGCUCCUCUCACAAGAAGUGUACUCGGCUGGAGCUGUCCAGCGAUGUUACAGCAUUAUUUCCGAGCAUGCUGCCCUAUCCCGAAGCUCUCCUGCCUGCUGGCGCGGAGGUGGGUUCGGAUCAGGUGGUCACUUGGUGGAGCAAGGCGUUCCUCAAUGCGUUUAUCGCCUGGGGUAACUUUGUGACUCUUGGGUGCCCAGGUUCCGAUGGCAGUGCUUUUGAGCCGCGAGUGGGACAUCGGUGUGUGGAGGCCAUCCGUGCCUUCAGCGAUGAGCUGCUCGGCGAGAUGCGCGAAUUCGUCUCCCUGGAGCUUGUUUUGGGUGAGCUCGGUUGCGAGGGCAAGCGGGCUUCUGUGCAACAGUUGCUGGAUCAAGUAGCGGGGAGGGCGGGUGCAAGCUAUGUGAUCGAGCCCACGGACGGUGGGUUGCCAUCGACGGCGUUGCCGGUGGUGGCGGAGCGCUUGGCGAUUCCCGCGAGGGCGGGGCAGGUGGAUCCGUGUGAUUGGUUGGCGGCCGAUCGUGCGGCGGUGGUGAAUAACCUAGAGAAGUUGCGGCUCCCCGAGCCCCUUUGGGAGGAUGUUGUGGUGGCUUGCCACCGGGUUGCACCGGAGGAGGAGCCGGCUCUUGCUAGGCGGAUGCUUGAAACUGGCAUGGCUGCUCUCGUUCCUGAGGCCGAUUUGCCCCGGGACCAGUGUGGAAAGCUGCUAGGCGGUGGACUGUUUUGUGUAGCCAAGAACCAACAAGAGGACAGGCUCAUCUAUGAUCGGAGGCCAGAGAAUGCAACCAUGCCCCGAUUGCGGUGGGCAACUUUGCCAUCAGGUGCCUGUUUUACCAGACUGCUUUUAGAGCCCAACCAGUAUUUGCGUGGUUCAGGUGAUGAUUUGCGGAACUACUAUUACUCUCUUCGACUACCUGAAGGUUGGGUGCGAUAUAAUUCAGUAGGCCGUCGUGUUCAUCCAGAUGUCGUGCGUGAUCAUGGGGGCGACCCUGCAGUGGACUAUCGGUUAUGUUUCAGGGUCCUGGGGAUGGGUGAUAAGAACGGAUGCUGUAUCGCACAGGCGACUCACGAGGCGGUGUUGAGGAGGCACGGAGUUCUUGAUGCAUCGACGCAGUUGGUAUACGGCCAGCAUGUACCCGGAGGUGACCUUUGGGAAGGAGUGUAUUUGGAUGACUUGUUGGUAACCCAGAAGUGCACCAUGCCGUAUGAGAUCCCCGUAGAUGGCACGUUCAUUCCUCCAGAAGCUCAGGUCACCGACGCGGAUAUGCAGCAGAUGCAGAAGGCGGAGUUGGCAUACCUAGAGGCCGGUCUUGAGAGGGCUGUUCACAAGGCAUUCCGGGCGCAGACUUUGUUUAAGGCAUGGGGAGCACAGGUGGACGGAAUCCGCGGCACGGUCGGAGCCCCACUUGAUGUUCGGCAACAGUUGUGGGUGCUGCUGGGGAAGUUAGUGUCCGGAGGAUUCGCCUCGAAGGAAGUGCUCCGGAAGAUCGUUGGAUACCUAGCUUUUGCUUUUCAGUAUCGGCGGGAACUCUAUUCGCUCAUGCACCAUCUCUAUAAGUACAUCGACCGCAUGCCCCAGAAGCGUUGGAUCCCCAUCCCGAAGCACAUACAAGACGAGCUACGCAGUUGUGCCCUUCACCUACCAUUCGCGAAAUGCUCGAUGAGGCGACGUCUGCAAAGGCAAGUGUGUGCGACGGAUGCAACGCCCACGACUGGAGGCGCUGUCAUGGCGGAUGUGCCGGUUGAGUUAGCUUCAGAACUUUGGCGUAGGACUGAACUCCGGGGCCAGGCCGUGCGGUUGGAUCGUGAACGAGAUCUUCAGCUCGACGCUACGGUCCCCGAGGAGCCUUCAAAGUUCGGCAGUGUGGUCGCAGAGUGCGUGCAUUGGCGCAUCAUCAGCGGUUACACGUUUAGGCAAACCUCGCAUAUCAAUCUUCAGGAGGCUCGGGCACUACGGCGGGAGCUGAUCAAGUUAGCCGCGGACCCAUCGUGGCGAAAUUCUCUUGUCGUAUGCCUCAACGAUUCGAAUGUUGUCGUCGGUGCCUUCACCAAGGGUCGGUCAUCAAGUUAUCGGCUGAAUGGCAUCCUCCGUGGUCUGGUCCCGCACUUGGUCCUUGCCAACUUGGGGGUCGGUCUUAUUUGGAUUGAGACAUCAUCGAAUAGGGCGGACCAGCCAUCACGGGGUGAGGACCUUCCUCCUCCGUUGCCGGCUCCCAGGUGGCUGCAGGACUUCGGAAUCACCGGCAUUGUCGAAUGCGCCGGCCUCGAGGUGGGGAUCCACGGUGGUGAGUUAACACGGGCUCAUCGUGAUCGUGGCUUUAUCAUGGGGUCGCCUGUAGCAUUGGAUGAGGGUCUAGAGCUGAUGUUUCCAGUCAUUGAGGCCGUGGUCUCCAGUGGAAGGUUGUCUUGGGCUUGGUUUGCACCGCCUCGCAAAACUUUCUCGGCACUUCGGAGCCUUGACCGGAAUGGUCCACUCAGGCCGAAGGGCUAUCCAGAGGGGGAUGAGGCACAACCCGAGGUUGCGGCCGAGAACCUCAUCUGGAGAAGGACUUUGUCUCUUGUUGAUGCCGCCUUGCAGGUUGGAUGCUAUGUGGUGGUGGAACACCCGGCUACUAGUCGGGCUUGGCGGCUGCGGGAAACCCAGUUGCUGAUGCAGAAGGGGGGGUUGAAGUUGCACCGGGUUGAUUUGUGCGCAUACCGUGAAUCUGGAAAUGCAGCCAGUGUCCCACGACAGAGAACCCGGCUCCUCUCCAACGCCCCGUGGCUCAAGGAGGUUGUACAUCGGUGUCCCGGCGAUCAUUGGCGUGGGUCGUCACUGCGGGUGGAAAACGAGUACCUCGGCUGCGCGACGCGGCUCUCACUGCUGAAUACCGGCGAGGCAGCUGCAGAUUUCAGGGCCAUUGUUGCGGCAUACUUGGGCCGCGAUAAGGGCGUGGAGGACAUUGACUCCCGUGCGCACGCGGGGGAAUGCCAUAAAUUGAAAGUGGAGGACCUCCUGAUCCCCGAUCUCGGCCAGCCUCUCAGCAACGAGGAGGGGAUGGUGAUCACCAUUAGGAAGCCGAAGACGCGGCGAGUAUGGAGGUCGCAGUUUGUGCUAGUGAAAUCACACGCAUUGAUAUCCUGGAUGCGGUGGUGGGCGGUCGGACGGCGAGCUCAUAGGAGCUUGUUCCCCAUCGGUCGCCGGGAGUGGGCAAAGUGCGUGGCAGCAGCUCUCGAAGAGCUUGGACUACGGGAUCGUGGAUACACCCUCAGCUCAUUUCGGGGUGGAGGGGCAACCUACAUGUUCCAGCAAUCCAUGCACUUAGCUCAGCUGCAGUACCACGGCAGGUGGGCGCGGCAAGAAACAUUGAAGUCCUAUUUGCAGGAGGCCUUUUGUGCACAGGUUUCGGCGUCGGCCUCAGCGACGGCAAGGGCCAAUGUCAUUGCCGUCAACAACGACUGGUUGGGAGUUAGUGGACCAACCGAAGCCACCCCGGACUCAAGAGACGGUGCGUCCUCGUGCUGGUGUGCCGGGGUCAACAGGUCCUCGCGCCCGGGCGGAGGCGACCAGGGUUUCGGGGGCGGUGCGGCCGUCGUCUUCAACUUCAACACCAACCGCCUGUGUUUCUUCUUCGUUGCCCAGUUCCACUUCGAACAACAAGCCCCGGGACACCACCGCGACCUCCGUCACCUACCACACGGACAAGAGGAUCUACGUGAUUCUUUCAAACCCUCGGAAACCAUGGAUGGUCGGAAUGAUCCGGGGCCCGGCGGCCUCCACGUGGCCGCUAGUGGAGCGAAACCUUCCAAGCGGCAAACUCUCCACCUCAGCCGCCCGCCUUCGUCGGGUGCCGUCGCUCCAAGCAGCAGAAGACCUUUGGCACCAGUACUACCCCGACCAGCCGCUCCCGGAGCUGAAGCUGUAGAAGAAACGGCGGAAGUUGCUCAGUCUCUCCUCGCGGCGGUACACAGUGCAGCUGCUCAGCUGGGAGAUGCCGAGGUUGACAACGGAAGAACGGCGCAGGAAGUGCUGACAGACCCACAGGCGCUGGAGAGUGCUUCACGCUGGCGGGCGGGAACGGCCCCCCGUCAGCUUACAGCGGCGCUGGCGCGCCUCACUACUUCUCUGAGGGCGUGGGUAUCCGCGCCUACCAGGACGGCGGCUACACCUUCACCCUCGACUUUGACGCCUGCACGGCCAAGGCCGGUUCAGGCACACAGAGGACCGCAGUCUGCACCGCAGCCCAUCGUGAUCGCUUGGCUUCGCUGGCUGGUGUCCUGUAGAUGGAAGACAGGGCUGGCCAUCCUCUUCAUCCUGAUGUUCCCCCGACUUGUGGCUUUGUGCUUGGCCCUUUUGGUCAAGCUGUUCAUCCGAGGUACAGUUGCUCUUCUUACCCACGUCUGCCGCGAGCUUGUGCAGCAAAUAAUGGGGGCCGCCAACGAGAUCGAAGAAAAUCUCAUCACUUGGUUGUCACAGCAACUAGGAGUGCGGCAGCAACCAGCGGCCCCGUUGUACUUGACAAGCCAUCCAGCUCCUCCGCCACCUCCGGAGCUGGCGCCGGCAAGUACCCUCCCGGCCCGCCCCUUUGACCUCCUAACGGUCGUGCUGCUCGUGUGGAACCUCCGUCGUGGACAGCCAGCGGGUGGGGUUGGUAGGGAACAGUAA